AUGGAUCGGGCUGAAACCGAGCUAAAUGGGCCCGGCUCCGACCCGACUCGGCCCACCCCCUUUUGGUCCGCGACUCUUGACCCGCAAAUGCUCGGCUACGGCGGGGGAGGUGCGGCGACGGUGCUCGAUACAAGCGGCCUUCCGGUGAGGGCAUGGUUGGGGCGACUCUCAACCCUUGAGAUUGAGAGCUCCGGCGGCAACAGUGGGGGCCCGUUUCGGGUUAGCUGCGACGGUGACACGGUGAAACUCAACCCAAAGGAUCGGAUCAGCAGUUUGCCCGAAGAUGUUAUAGGCUUUAUGUUAUCUCUUAUGACAUCUAGAGAAGCACAAGCGACUUGUCUUCUUUCCAGAAGAUGGAGGUAUUUGUCUACUUGUCAGGUCACCAACCUUGACUUCGACUGGUCUGACUUGUUGGCCAAGAUGAAAGCUAACCCCGAGAUAGCUGAAAAGGAGAGAGCUAGAUAUGUGGAAUGGGUGGACAAUGUCUUGCAUCGUCAAAGUGGAGGAUAUCAUUUACGUAGAUUCACAUUACGCUUUGACUUGAAUAUCUCAUAUAAGCUUCACAUCGAUAAGUGGAUUAGGUUUGCAUUGGCAAAACGAGUUAAAGUUCUCCAACUAGAUUUCGAGCCUGCAACUUUUAAGGAUUUGAUGCAUGAUUGCGACCCUACUCGAUUGCCAUACCUGUUAGGGCAUGAGACACUUAUGGAUGAUGAUGUAGGGUGUUCACAACGGACUUCAGUUGUGAAUGGAGAACUCAUUGAGCAACUGCUUGCCAAUUGCCCAGUUCUAGAGCAAUUGGUUUUGGAGGAGGCUCAUACUUUGAAUAGGUUUAGAGUUUCUGGCCGAUCACUGAAGCUAAAGUACUUGCGCAUAUUAUGGUGUGAUGAUCUUGAAUACAUUGAGAUUUAUGACACGGAUCUCGUGUCCUUCACUUUCGUGGGAAUGAGAAUUCCAAUAUGUUUGGACAAGCUCCCCCAGCUGUCUGAGGUGUCAAUUAGAGGAAGUUCAUUGGAGCAUUUACAUGUUAUGUUGCCUCCUCAACUUUUGAGCCUUCCUUGA